UUGGGUCGGACCAGGAGCUGAUGAGGUGAAUGACGAUGUUCCUUCCUUCCAUCUCCUCGUUGUUGCAAUAAAUUUAUUCGUGCUGCUAUUAUAUAUAUACAUAUAUAUAUAGAGAGAGAGAGACAGAGAAAGAAAGAGAAGAUCAUUUCAUAGGGUUUUCUAGAGAGAGAGCGAGAGAGAGAAAGAGAGAUGGAGGAGGAGCAGUCACAGAACGGGGAGGAAGAGGAAGUGUUGGGUUCGAGCUUGACGAUGGAGAAAGUGGCAGCGGCUAAGCAGUUCAUAGAGAACCACUACAGAGCUCAGAUGAAGAACAUUCAAGAGAGAAAAGAGAGGCGAUGGGUGUUAGAGAGGAAGUUAGCUUCUUCGGAUGUGCCCAAGGAGGAACAGAUUAAUCUGAUUAAGGAUUUGGAGCGGAAGGAGACAGAGUUUAUGCGACUUAAAAGGCACAAGAUAUGCGUUGAUGAUUUUGAGCUGCUAACCAUCAUUGGGAGAGGAGCCUUUGGCGAGGUUCAGUUGUGUCGGGAGAAAAAAUCUGGCAAUAUUUAUGCAAUGAAAAAGCUGAAGAAAUCUGAAAUGCUUAAAAGAGGACAGGUGGAACAUGUCAGAGCUGAGAGAAACUUGCUGGCUGAAGUGGCCAGCCACUGCAUAGUAAAACUGUACUACUCGUUCCAAGAUGCAGAAUACUUAUAUCUGAUUAUGGAAUAUCUGCCUGGUGGUGACAUGAUGACCCUGCUGAUUAGAGAAGAUACUUUAACUGAAAAUGUGGCUAAAUUUUACAUUGCUCAGAGUGUCCUGGCCAUUGAAUCCAUUCACAAACAUAACUACAUUCACAGGGAUAUCAAACCUGAUAACCUCCUCCUGGACAAAAAUGGUCACAUGAAACUCUCAGAUUUUGGUCUUUGCAAACCUCUUGAUUGUAGAACUUUAUCUACGCUCAAAGAAGAUGAAACCAUGGAUGAUGAGAAUACGAGGGAACCAAUGGAUGUUGAUGGAUGCAUUCGUGAUGCAGACAAUGGAAGUAAUUGGAAAAGUCCUCGUGAGCAGCUUCAACAUUGGCAGAUGAACAGGAGGAAGUUGGCAUUUUCAACGGUGGGUACGCCAGACUAUAUUGCUCCCGAGGUACUACUGAAGAAGGGAUAUGGAAUGGAGUGUGACUGGUGGUCAUUAGGUGCAAUAAUGUAUGAGAUGCUUGUUGGUUACCCUCCAUUUUACUCUGAUGACCCUAUAACGACUUGCAGGAAGAUUGUUCACUGGAAAAAUCACCUAAAAUUUCCAGAAGAAGCAAAGUUGACACCCGAGGCAAAGGAUAUAAUCUAUAGGUUGCUAUGUGAUGUUGAACACAGACUGGGUACUACAGGAGCAAACCAAAUUAAGUUGGAAUCAUCUUCACCAGCACGGACUGGCUCGGGACCCUCAAGGAAGAUGCUAUUAACUCCCAAAGAUUUGAAUUUUGUUGGCUAUACAUAUAAGAACUUUGAUGCUGUGAAGGCACUACGUAAUUCAUCUGACGUUGUGAGGAGCACAUCACCAAAACGGCCCUCAAUUGAUUCCAUAUUUAGUGAUCCCAUGGUGGAUUAUAGUGCAAAAGAAAGAGCCGAGGAAACAGAUGUACACAUGUACACAUCAACAGAAGAUGCAAUGUCACCAUGAUAUGAAAGCAUCAAGUUGUAGUAAAUGUGCAAACCUCGCAUCCGGAUGACAGUAUAAGCCUGUUUUGUUUUGACCAGGUUGUUGUACUGCCCCCAAGGUGCCUGGUAUACAUUUUUCAGAACCCUAAUUUAAGUGUACAGUAGUUUUGAGAAGCUUCAUAAGAGCCCAAUUAUGGGGGUUAUUUGUAGGCUUAAGUGAUGUACUUUUAGUAGACAAAGGUCUUUUUAGUGUAAUAGAAUUUAGAGUAGGGAACUGUUGUGUCCUGGCCUGCCCAGGUUGGCAGUGGAGAACUUGCCUUCUCUUGUGGCAGUUUCUGCUCGGAUUUUUUUUAUUUAUUUGGAUGGCAAGCUGCCGAGAUAUGUGAUGCGCCAUUUUUUUUAUUUUAAUUUUUAAUUUUCUUUAAUGGGAAACUGCUUCUGUUUUGUGAUCUUCUGAAGAGAAAAACUUGAGAAAUAAUUCACUACUAAUGUUGGAAAACAAUUCUGAA